AUGUCGAUUUCGGGUCUCUUCAUUUUAGACCUCAAAGGAAAUGUGGUAAUAUCCCGAAACUAUCGCGGAGAUGUGGAUAUGUCGUGCAUCGAAAAAUUCAUGCCUCUAUUGGUGGAGAAAGAGGAUGAAGGCACGGCUUCUCCUGUUUUAGUGCAUCAAGGAAUCAGUUACACAUAUAUCAAAUAUAUGAAUGUUUAUUUGGUCACCAUCUCUAAGAAAAACACAAAUGUGAUACUUGUACUCUCUGCUUUGUACAAAAUCGUCGAAGUGUUCUGCGAGUAUUUCAAAACUUUGGAAGAAGAAGCAGUUCGUGAUAAUUUCGUAAUUAUCUACGAGCUUUUCGAUGAAAUGCUCGAUUUUGGAUAUCCACAAACGACGGAGAGCAAAAUUCUUCAAGAAUUCAUUACUCAACAAGGAAAUCGUUUGGAGACUGUCCGUCCACCGAUGGCGGUAACAAAUGCCGUUUCGUGGAGAUCUGAAGGAAUCAAAUACCGGAAAAAUGAAGUUUUUCUGGAUGUAAUUGAAAGUGUCAAUAUGUUGGCAAACGCACAAGGAACUGUGCUCCGAUCGGAAAUAGUUGGAUCCAUCCGCUUCCGAGUUGUACUCUCCGGAAUGCCAGAAUUACGGUUGGGACUCAACGACAAAGUGUUCUUCCAACAAGCCGGCGCUAGCUCGAGACGUGGUGGAAAUAGUGGAAAAGGUGUCGAAUUGGAAGACAUCAAAUUCCAUCAAUGCGUCCGAUUGUCUCGUUUUGAUUCGGAGAGAACUAUCUCAUUCAUUCCACCGGAUGGAGAGUUCGAGUUAAUGAGUUAUCGAUUGACAACUCAAGUGAAACCACUGAUUUGGGUGGAGGCAUCGGUGGAGAGACACGCCCAUUCUAGAGUUGAAUAUAUGGUUAAAGCCAAAUCCCAGUUCAAACGUCAAUCAGUGGCCAAUCACGUCGAAGUCAUCAUCCCAGUCCCUUCUGACGUCAGCGCUCCGAAAUUUAAAACUGGAGCAGGAACUGCGAAAUAUGUUCCAGAAUUGAAUGCAAUCGUCUGGAGCAUUCGAAGCUUCCCAGGUGGCCGCGAAUACAUUAUGCGAUCAUCGUUCAUGCUACCAUCAAUUACAUCAGAAGAAGUUGAAGGACGACCACCGAUUAAUGUGAAAUUCGAGAUUCCUUAUUACACUACGUCUGGUUUACAGGUUCGCUACUUGAAAAUCAUAGAGAAAUCCGGAUAUCAAGCACUUCCAUGGGUUCGAUAUGUCACUCAAAACGGAGAUUAUCAAUUGAGAAUGACCUAG